GUGCUCUGCACACAGUGAGCGCUCAAUAAAUAGGAUUGAUUGACCGGAGCGAUGGCCGGGCACUGCCCACUGCCCGAGGAGGCGUGGCCCUCCCGCCGGACCCGCACUGAGCGUCGUCGCUUCCUGCGACACUUGCAGCAGAAAUGGAAGUUGCUGGGGCUGUUUGAGAUCGGCCCGGACCACGAGCUGUACGGCCUCACCUGCAUGAUGAAGCAGGGACUGCGGGACGCCCUCCAGGUCUCCGUCGACCUUCCCCCGCCGAAGCCUCCCAGCGGUGCGGACUUCACAGACGUCCUGACCCAGCCACACCAGGGUUUUGAGCUCCGCACCUUCUCGGGCUCCGCUUUCUUCUACUUGCGCCACUCCCUGGGACUGGCGGAGAAAGACUACCAGCACUCCCUGACCUCAGGGGCCUGCUACCUGCAGUUCAUCAGCAACUCCAAGAGCAAGGCCAGCUUCUUCCUGUCGAACGAUAAGCGCUUCUUCCUGAAGACCCAGGACAGGCGGGAGGCCCGCUUCCUCCUGCGCCUCCUGCCCCGCUAUCUGCAGCACCUCCACCGCUACCCGCACUCCCUGCUGGUAAAGUUCUUGGGUGUGCACAGCCUCCAGGUGGCCCAGGGAAAGAAGCAAUACUUCAUCAUCAUGCAGAGCAUCUUCUACCCCGACGAAAGGAUCAGCGACAGGUACGACAUCAAGGGCUGCCAGGUGAACCGCUGGACGGAGCCCGUGCCUGAGGGCAGCCCGGUCAUCGUGGUGCUGAAGGAUCUCAACUUUGAGGGCAACGUCCUCCGCCUGGGGUCCCAGCGCGCCUGGCUGCUGCGGCAGAUGGAACUGGACACGGCCUUCCUCAAGGAGCUGAACGUGCUGGACUACAGCCUCCUGUUGGCCACCCAGCUCCUGCACGAGGACGAGAAGGGCGGCGGCGGCCACCUCAUCCUCCGCACAGCCCGGUCCAUCCAGGGGGCCGGGAGCCCCCAGACCAGCGAGCCGGGGACCCCAACGGAGGAGGAGGCCGACGGGCUGGUGGUUGAGAUGCCGGGCGGGCUCCAGCUGUCGGCGGGCCCAUCCAGCCCAGACCUGCUGGCCCAGAACCGCCGGCUGCUGCCCGAUGUGCGCAACGCUCUGCACGUGCUGGACGGGCCGGACCACCGCUAUUUCGUGGGCCUCAUUGACCUCUUCACCGUCUACAGCUUCCGCAAGCGGCUGGAGCACCUGUGGAAGUGCCUGCGCUACCCGGGGCAGACCUUCUCCACCGUCAGCCCCGGCCGUUAUGCCCGCCGCCUGUGCCGCUGGGUGGAGACCCACAGCGUGUGACGGGCACUGGAUGCCGGGGGCUUUUGGGGUGGGCGAUGGGGACGCAGGACGUUCAGCGGAGGCCUCUGGAAGCAGCUCGUGGUAGCACCUUUCAGCCAAAAGAGGGAGGCCCCGGCUCACUAGGCGCCCAGCCAGCUCUCCAUCCUCCUGCAGGUUUUGGGGGGGGGACCGGAUAUCCGGCGGGCAGGGCUGGAAGGGGCCUGAAAGCCUGACUUCACUUUAACCCCUCUCUCCCUUCAGGCUCAGCAUCUCGAGGAGCUGAGUGGAGGCUGAGGGGCCCUCUGAACCCCCAGCACCCCCUCCUCGUCCGGGCUGAGCGUCCUCCCCCUGCCCCCGCAACCAGCUGCCUAAAGACCGAGCAACGGGCAUGGGCCCUGUGCCAACAUGGGCUUAUUUCCAUGAAAAUCCCCCUCCGCCCUCCCCCUCUGCCUUCCCCACGCCCAGCUCCUGCUGCUUGCCAAGGGCAGACUUACAGGAAAAUCAGAGCGGGCCAAGGAAAGGAGCAGAGAUGUGGCCAGGACCAGCCACAGAUGUGUGUGUGAGUGUGUGCGCGCACACAACCUGGGGGAGAUGGGGCAGAAAGGUCAGAGCUGGGAGACAGGACAGCUGGGCUGUAAUCCUGGCUCCAACCCUAACUUGUUCUGUGGCCCAGGACAGCUUGCUUAACCUCCGUGGGCCUCAGUGUCUUCAACUGUAAAGUGGGGUGAAGCGAUCCUAGCGGAAUCCAAGGCAGUAUUCAGGAAGCUCAUUAGAGAGCAGUCAUUAAGGCAACCUCAAUUAUUACAUUAGCCCAUACAAGGCCUGAAAGAAAAGGCUCAAAACUGCUAUGGAGGAGGUGAGCAGGAGCAGGCCGGAGGUAGGCACGGGAAGCCUUCAGGCAGGAUUUAAAAGGACACUUUUAGGUACCACCACUUGCUUGCUGUGCUACCUUAGGCAAGUUACUUAACCUCCCCGUGCCUCAUUUCCUCUCUAUGCAAAAGGGUCAAGUUCAUUCCCAGCACACAGAGGGCUUAAACCAGGCUUAAAGAGUGUGGAAGGGACUUGGGGGUCCUCAGACACCUGCUGUAAGAGAGGUGCAUGUAAUGCCAUCAUCAGCCAGCCAAGCUGGGGGUCCAGAAAUUAAACCGCUAGAACCAAAGUGGCAGAAUUGGCCUGAGAGGCUGGAAAACUCCCAGGUCUGCCUCUGGCUCACUAGGACACUGGGUCAGCCAUUUCUUAUUCUGGGCCUCAGUUUCUCCAACUAUGAAGUGGGGACCGCAGAACGUGCUGCCGAGGGAAGUCCUAUGUGGGUCCAUAUUAUGGGGCCUGGUUCAGCCCAAUCCAGCAAAUACUGGGCCUAUUCUGCCUAAAAUUCUUCAUCUUGGUUGGCCUGGGGAACCACAGUCACCCUUUUUUUAAUGGUAUUUGUUUAGUGCUUAUUGUCUUCUAGACUGUGAGCCCGUUGUUGGU